AUGUUCAUCACGCAAUGGAAAACGCGUCCGCUUGCUAUGGCGAUAAUUUUCUACAUAAUUAUAUGUUUAAUAAUUUCAACUCAAUCUCAAUCAGUUUUUCGUGCCGCAACUAUAAAUGAACCUCCAGAAAAUGGUCCUAUUAUUCCCGUAAACUUAGUCACUUACCCUAAUGACUCUAUUGCUGUUCGAUUAUCUUUUAAUUUUACUUGUCCAAACAAUAAUAUUUCUAUAAUCCCAAUUCGGUUCAUUUUUUCAAACAUGACGCUCAUCAUUGCUGAUCUAGCUUAUACUUUUCCCUCUAUUAAUUAUUGUCCUACAAAUCUGACAAACACUACUUUAUCGGAUAAAAUAAAUAUUUUUGCGUUACCAG